GCGCGCGAGGGAGGUGGCAUUUCGCUUCCAGAUAGGAAGCCCACCCGCCCCUACGCGUUGUCACCUUAUCCUCGCCAGCCCCUGAAACUGAAGCUGAAGCUGGGAGGUGGACUUUAGCUGUGACACCCCCCCCCACACACACACACCUACACACUUGGCUUUCCCCAACAAUUUACGAGGCAGACACAGGCGCACGCACUAAAUCUGAGUCACGGGUGAGUAUUAGAACGUGCGCGCGUGGACUUAUUUCCCUUCGGAGCUUGGACGCUCUGUGAGGAGGGGCAGCGGCAGAGAUCCUGACGCCUGGCGAAAGAAGAGCCUUGCUUGGGGAGAGGAAGGAAAGACAGACCCCGACAGCUCUCAGAGGGACACCGUCUCCCUUCUUCUGGCAGAAUCCCCUGGGGGACGCGCCGCCGGCCUGCCCAGAGAAGCAGCGGGACAUUCCCCGAGGAACGUGGCGUAGGCGGGGAUUGCCCCGAGGGAAGCGAAAAACGUCGCCAGCGCUUCCCUCCCCGCUCACCUCGCAGCGCUCGCUCAGUCGCUCGCCAGCAGCCGCCUGGACUGGAGGGACGGGGCAAUGCUCCUGGCGGCGCUUCUGCUGCUCCUCCUGCGCUGCCUUCGGGGACACGGAGGGAAGAUCCCAGCCCCGCCCGAGCGCGUGAGAUUCGUGGCCGAGACCUUUCAGCACGAGCUGCGCUGGGAGCCACCGAGCACCGAACGCGGGCUCCUCCUGUACGACGUCCAGUACAUGCGAUACGGCGAGAACGGCGGCUGGAGCCCAGCGCUGAACUGCACGCGCGUCCGGAGGCACUCCUGCGAUCUCUCCUACGAGACGCGGGAGCCUUCGGGGUUCUACUUCGCCAGAGUCCGGACGGUGACCGGGAUGCGCGCCUCCAACUGGACCCAGACGCAUCGCUUCGAUCCUAGGACAGCAACUCCUCGACUGGCAGGAGUGAGCCUCUCUCUUUCCCACAACGUGAUCCAAGUCAAGCUGCAACCUCCCACCAGCAGGUGGCACAAUAUAACCUAUGAGGACCUCUACCACUCAGAGGAAUACCAUGUCCAUAUCCGGACGGUGUCUGACAAUAUCCAGUUUGAGUAUGUUGAGACCAAGCUGGAAUUUAACCUCCCAUCGCUGUCAUGGGGAGAGUGCUAUUGCAUCAGUGUGGAGACACGGGUGGUCUCCCAACCAAGUCCUGGCAAGAGGACAGAGGAGCAGUGUAUCUCAAUACCCACUAAAGAAGACCAUGUAAGAUCCAUCCUCAUCUCCAGCUUGGCCCUCCUUACGGUGAUCAUCCUCUGUGGCCUGGGAGUGGGAGUAGCCUGUGCCUAUGUGAGGAAACCCAAAGAGGCACCUCUCUUAUUGAAAUCUCCCGUAAAGCACAGUCUGCACUGGGUGCCAAAGGAGAAGCCUCCGCUCGGGAUGCAAGACUUGGUAUCAUGCUUAGAGGUGGAUGCCAUCCAGCCGCUCUCCUCCAUGGGACCGAAGGACCCUGUCCAUCCUGACAGCACAAAGUGUGGAAUGGGAGCAGCACCAGCACCACUGGGAGGUUGCUUCCGGCUGCCGACGCGGCUAACACAGGGUGCAGUGCUCAGGGACCUGAUGGACAGCAGCAGCUGCAGCACAGACAGUGGCAUCUGCCUGCAGGAUCCUUCUGGCAGCCUGGGGAGGCUGUCUCUGGGAAGCAGUGAAGAGGGAGGCACCAAAGAGGACGAGAUGGGUGCCCUCAGCAGACAGGAGCAGCUCUUGCUGGAGGCUCCCUCUUCUUCCAGUGGGGCAGAGCAGGUGGCUCCAGAAGCUGAAGACCCACCCAAGGCCCAGAUAUUUUCUGGGUACCAGAAUCAGUCAGGGACACCUUCAGAGAUAUUGGGCUGCUCCCAGCCUCCCUUCAGUAUAGAUGAGAUGACCCCUUCAGAGCCUGUCUUAGCUACUGGGUACUUGAAACAGGUCUCCAUCAGUGCCCCCUCUGGCCUUGCGAGGGACGGGACUCUUACCAAUGACUUUCUUGGCAGAACAGAGCAACAGAAACAGCCCUUCCCUGCCAGCACCCCCCUGGAGCAGCAGGGAUUGCCCCCUGAAUUCCCCAAGACCCUCUUGGCAUUGGGCUUCUUUGAGCAAGAGCUGGCAAGCCCCUCUUCACACAUCUCCCCACAAGUGAACUCUGUUCCACAGCUGAGCCUCGGUGUCCCAGGCCUCCUGCAGUACUGGGUGCAAGGACUGCCUCCCAAUAAGCUGAGUCAAUGGGAGAUAGCACAGCUCUAAUGGAGCCACACAGAGAGGUGAAGGCUGCAGGGUGGAAGGGGCAGGAUUGGGGGCGGGCACCCUCCUGACAGUCCCUUUCUGUUGGACAGAUGGAGCUCUAGUUCUGACAUCCCUUCCCCGUGAUACACCUUUCCUCUGUCCCCCAAAUCCAUACAUGUAAACCAGCAUGUUUUAUUCUAGUCACAGACAUAAAACAUGCAGCAGGAAGGAGGUUGAUGAUACCAGAUGUUUCUGAGAAGCUCUGGGACCUGAAUGCAAUAAGGGAGGUCAAUGCAGUGGUGCGUGUCUGCCUGAAAAGGUCUGCAGCAACUAGAGGAAGGUAGUUGUGGGCGGUGGAAGGAGAGGACACUUCACACAUCAUUGGAGUUGUCUCUGCAACACUGAGCACUGGUAGUUUGUUGCUGGCAACAGCUGCAGUGUCUUCAGGAUGAUUAUGUAUAUGUAUGUGUCUCUCCUUUCCUACAAAGAGCGCAGAGAUUCCUCAGCUGCCUUCCAUUCAUUUUGGGGCAGACAUCAUUACCCUUGAUUUAGCUUUGGAGAUAGAAAGGAUGGUCACCCCGUCAUAAGCAAUAGGCACAGACUCAGCAGGACUGGCCUGUGCCUUUCUGAAGUGGAGGUUCCUUUGCUGGCCCUGAGCCAACCUGCCACCCCUCCCCCUCCCUGUACAGCAGUGAGAAGCCUUGAGCCCAGAAAGCCCAGUUUCAGCCUCUGAUGUUAGCCAGAGGUGCUCAGAGAUGAAGGAAGCAGUUGGAUCUGCCCUUGGCAGCAGCAAAUGGCCCUUCCAGACAAUUCAGAAGAUGGACUUGCCUCCUCCUUAGUGGGGGAAACUUGCACUAGCCCAGAUUCAGCACCCUUUGCAAUGUCAGGGCCAGCCUUUGCCACUGAUGUGAGGGGUGCUAAGAAAUAAAUUUGUUCAGCUGGGCACUGGCUUCAGGGCCCAAGCUUACCUUGCCAGCCCUACAUUUCCUUAGGAAGAGAAUUCAGUGAACUUCUUUCAGGAUUAUUACGAUUAUAGGGAGGUCGCUAAAUGUUCAAAAUAUUUUGUACAAACUGACUUUAUUUAUUUUAUUUAUUUUGUAAAUCUAUUUGGAGCAUACAAGUUUUUUUAUCAAUGCAUUUUGGUGUAUUUAUUUAUUUAAAAUGCCAUGCCACUUUGAAGCAUUGCUUUGGGAUGAAAAACCUCCGUGAAGCACCCAAGGACCAAGUGUGCGGUGCUUGCAUUUGUGCAGAGCUGCUCACCUGGCAUGAGGUCAGGCAGGCUGAGCAGCUGAAGAACAUCUCCUGCACAGGCAUCAGCUGCUGGUCAGAUGCAGAGGCUCCUGGUCUGGCAAAUGGUCUUACACUUCACAGCUCCCAGAGCUGGUGGCGGUUCCUUUUCCUACUGAUGUCAAGUGGAUUGCAAGCAUACUGAUGCCCUGAGAAACUAAAUGCACCUUUAGGUACAUUUGCAAAUGCCAGCUUUUGCCCCCAAGUGGAAAGAUCAAGUGACUGCUCUCCAUGUACAUCAGAAUGGCUGCACCAGACCAUUUCAACUGCAGCAGGCGUGGACAGGGGGCACCACUUGUGAAAUGCUUCCCUUAUUCAUUCAUUCAUUCAUUCAUUUUUAAAAAGCCAAACUUUGCAAAGCAGCACAUCUGGGAUAAAAGGUCUGUCCCAGCCCUUUAGCAGUGGCACCUUCUUUUCUAUUGCCAGGAGCUUUUAAACUUAGGGGAACAUUUCAAACUCUUGAGCACCCCUCUGCCCUCUGAAGUGGCACAGUCCAGCCCACAGCCACCUGCAGCUGUACCUGCCAACCACCCUAUGAGCCAAAUCCACAAUGGCAGCCUUGGGUAUGUUUUGAUGCAACAAGGAGGUGAAACUCCUCCCCUAGCAUGGACAGAGAGCCACAGGGGAGUUGUGCUUUGCAGCUGGCUCAAAACUUAAUCCACCCCUAAAGAACAAGACACAGGUGUAUUUGGCAGGCAAGACUAUUAACAGCAAUAGCAGACCAUUGUUUUCAAAGCCUAGCUAUGUUCUCAUACUCCAUUUUGCACUGCUAUGAAUAAUUUGUGCAUUUGAUUUUUUUAAUUUGACAAAAUUUGUAUGCCGCUUAACUGUAAGUGAAGUCUCUAAGCAGUUUACAAAAAUAUGUAAAAGAUACAGUAAAUUGUCAGUAAAAGUUCAAGGUUGUUGUUUUUUUAAAAAAGUCCAAAAUAUAAUUAAAAGCACCCGACCCGUUAAGCUAAAAUUACAGAUUAAAAGACACACGAACUUUUAGAUGUCUGGGUAGGCUUCCUUAAACAGAAAAGUUUUAGGGGGCACCAAGAAGCCUGCAAAGGAAUUGCAGCAGCUUCACCUCCUCAUGGGUCUGUGGUUUCUUAGCUCCCCAGAGGAGCAGACUGGAGCUGAGCUGUGCAAGACAGUUUCUCUGGAAACCCUGGAAAACCUUCAGAUACAACUUCUUGAGAAAUUCCACACACACAACAUUGCAGCUUUCCUUCAGAGGUUCUGGACUUCCUCUAAACAGGGAGCAAAACUUGGUCACAAAUGACCAAGGAGAAAUUCCACAACCUUGUGGAUUCCCCAAAUUAUCUCACAGUGUGACGGUUGGAGGAAGUCUGUUUGCAUGUUAUGCAAAAGAGGUUUCAGGAAGUAGUCACCAGGCAGCUGCAGAGCAAGACCCAAGUCUUUGGCCCUCAGGAGUUGUGCUUUUUUAGUAGAGCUGUUGAGUUUUUCCUAGUGGGGCUCUUUGAGUAAAACAACGAAGGUACGAGCAGGCAUUUUCUUGUAAACACCCAGCCCUAUAGAUGAUGCCCAGCACUAUUGUUUCUUCCCAGGAGAAGCUCCCCAAGCUUCUAUGGGUGGAGGGUCUUUCUCAGCUCUUCAAUCCAAGGCAUGGAUUAAUGGGAGAUGCCAGGAGCUAAACCGAGGCCUUGAAAAAGCAAAGCCACCAAAUCACAGCCUGCCAUCGCCCCAAGGACACUUCAUAGAGUUUUCUCUAGUCUACUCUGGUGACCUGCCAAACCAUGAAUCAUGGCCGCCUUGAGUGGUCUGCAUUGCAAACAUGCCCACAUGGGGCCUCAGAGCAAUGUGACGUGGAGCUGCUACCUGGUCAAUGGGGCAAUGCCAAGCAUGGGUGCAGAGGGACUUCUUGGUAGGUUCCACCAUCUGAAGUAGAAUGGAGUCAGAUCCCUGCAAGUGGCUACUCCAAUUCAUGCCAUUCAUACACUUUGCAGAAGGGGACAGUGUCCUGUUUUCAAGCAUUGAAUGGGGUGAGAUGAAGGCUGACCAAAGCAGCAAAUAACUUUUUCCCAAAGAAGGAAACUUUUUAGCAUUGGCAACCAGCUUGGUGCCUUCCAAGUCAGGGGCCCAUUUUUCCUGAAGGCAGGGGCUGGGAGCCAAGAGUUGGUCCAGCAAGUUGGUGAUGAACAACAGCCAGGAACCAGAACCAAGGAGCCAGCAAGUGGAAAUCCUGGGAUGGAGUCAGAACCAGAGAAUACCUAGGAAGGCAAAACGGUGACCCUCUCCUUCUCAAAGGAGGUUCAAUGGCCAGCCUGGGUAGGCAGAGCUAGGGCAGUACAUUUACCGCUAAACACAUGGGGCGCUAAACACAUUUACCGCCUCUCCACAUGGGGCAGCUGCACAGAACCCAGAGCCCCCCUGGCAGCUUCUGACAUAGCGGAGGGAUAUUCUGCAAACUUCUCGUUUCAUCUGGAUGCUUGCACCAUCUACUGAGACCUACCCAGAGAUCCCAACGUCCUCCAGCCCUGCUCCCUAUAAGUGGUUGUUUAGGGACUGUGUCAAAAGUCCUGCAAACUCUCUCAUAGAAAGCCAGGAAUAGCUGAAAAGACUCUCUCCAUUUUACGCACACACAUUGCCCAGACCCUUGAGCUGUGCAGGGUGUGAAGAGAUGGCACCAACAGUGGUAGUCUGGGUGGAGCAUCAUUAUGACCAACCUGCCCAAGCAGCCAUAUGCCCAAUGGCUACUGCUGUCUAGCUGGUCCAAGACUCCUGGGAGACUUCUUUGAGAAGCAGUUGUCUGAGCUCCAAGAAGGUCUUGCUGGGAAAGAAAGUCACUGAGACCAGAUUCAGAGUUGGCAGCUCCUUGGACUUACGUGCCUCUGUCGUGGAACCACACAUAGCCACUUCCAGCUUCGCGCAUGGAGCCACUGAUGGUGAAGGGAGGGGCCAGUUCCACCUCCACUGAUUUCAGAUUGCUAAAAAGGACAAAGACAGACAGACUGACAGUUGCCCACUCCUUCAUUUACUCCUAGAGCAGGCUUCCUCAGCCUCGGCCCUCCAGGUGUUUUUGGCCUGCAACUCCCAUGAUCCCUAGCUAGCAGGACCAGUGGUCAGGGAUGAUGGGAAUUGUAGUCUCAAAACAUCUGGAGGGCCAAGGCUGAGGAAGCCUGACCUAGAGUACCGUUAAGCAGGCACACACAAACACACGAGAGAACAGGAGAUGGGAGUUUUAACAUGUUGGUUCCAGUUGGCAAAGAUGGAAACAAAGCCAAAAGGAAGUAAUUCAUCAAACCAGUAGAAAUUGGUGUAGGUGUAUGCAAUAUGUUAAGCCCCACAGGGGACUUCGUCUGGCACUCUGCUGGCACUCUCCUGGUUUUUUCUUGUGAGCAGUCACUGCAAUGGUCUGGCAUGUGCAGUCAGCUCACUGUGCUUGAGGGGCCCCCUCUGUCCCUCCCUCUGUUAAUAGUGACCAUCCAUCACCCUGCAGAGGAUCCAAGGUGAGCUAAAAGCUUGGGGUCUUGCAGAGUUUCAUGGCCAGAUGGGCCUGUGAUAUGGCAUGCAGGUGUGUGUCUUUACAUACCGGAUAUGGUAAAGGUUGAAGACAAAAUUAGGCCCUGUAAGAAGAAAAAGAAGAGGGAGUCAAGAAACUGUUAGGAGCCGCAAGACUGGCAGCAUACCCUCCAACAUUCCUCCCAUGAAGAUAGGGGGCAUCCUAAGGGAAAGCAAGACAUUCUGUGAUCAACUCAGAAACUGAGCAGCUCUUGGAAACACAAGCAUGGAGCCCACAAGUUAUGGGGUGGGCCUGAGGGUCCCACAAGAGGUGAUGGUGGCAGAGAUCCCUGAGCAGAGCUCCUACACUUUCCUAAAAGAGCACAUGUAGUUGUGUGAGGCCAUAAUUCAGGCAUCCCCAAACUUCGGCCCUCCAGAUGUUUUGGACUACAAUUCCCAUCUUCCCCGACCACUGGUCCUGUUAGCUAGGGAUCGUGGGAGUUGUAGGCCAAAACAUCUGGAGGGCCGCAAUUUGGGGAUGCCUGCCAUAAUUCAAAGCUGGGCUGUCACAGUUGAGGAGGAUAUGUAUGUUAACUCUCCUCUCUCCACUGCAUUGUUUUCCUAGUCCAAAUCACACAUACCCUGAGCUGCUACUUGCCACAUAACAGGGACUGUGUGGGAAAUAGCAAUUCAUGUGAAACCCAGACUUUGGAGCUAGGAAGAGGGGUGGCCUUUAGGCUGACCUUGCUUUCCCACCCCACCCCAGUGUGGCCUUAUAGUUUUAAAAAAGUGUGGAUUUUAACACUUGGACUGUCCAGAGUGAAACCCACAGGGAUAACUGGAAACUCUCCACAGUCCUGGGGAUCUUGUUGAAAUCUCCCUUCCUCUGCUCACCUCAGCUGCUGCUCUGCCCUCCCCUUGUCAGGCUUUCAAAAAUACCCUGUCAUGCUGGCAAAACCCCUCAGAGUGAGUCAGCACCAAUAAGCCCCGCUUUGUGAAGUUUCACUCCUGACUAGCUGGAAUUUCGGCAGCUCAGGCAACUCUGUGCUCUGUUGACGCAAGUUCCACAUCUGUGGCAUUGAACAUCUGGAGUUUGCUGUCCAUGAGACCUUCCUCAUCAGUUGAGGGGUAGCUCAACAAUGACAGAGCAGUGUUUUGGCAGACUGAUUGCUCUGAGGGUCUGCCAGUCUUACUUUGUAGACACUUUACAUGGUAACUUGGGGUUUAACUAGAGGCAUUGUGCUUUGAAAUGUAACCCGGCUAGUGCUAGUUAUCUUCUUGUUUUAGAAUGUAAUUUGGAUAGCUCAGUUGGUUAAAGCGUGGUACAGAUAAUGCCAAGGUUGCUGGGUCGAUCCCCAUGAGGGACACCUGCAUAUUCCUGCAUUGCAGGGGGUUGGACUAGAUGAUCCUCAGGGUCCCUUCCAACUCUAUGAUUCUAUGAACCUAUCAUUCUAUGAAUUAUUUCUAAAUUUUCAUCUAGACAUAUAAAUUAGCAUAUGAAAAGUGUAUGCAAAUUGGUAAAUCCUUCUAUGUGGACAUAUUAACCUGAGUCAUUAGAAGCUAGCCCCAGCAGGAAAUGCUUCUGGAAAGUCUUCAUGUUAUUGCUUUUUAAUGGGAUAAUUUUUAUUUGAAUUUUACAGUGUAACUGCAGACAACAAAUUAUUUAUGUAGAUCACAAAGGUUAUGUGUGUUUAUGUAACUAAUACAUUUCAGUUUACAUUACAUUACAACUGAGCAAUAAAGUAUUAUACAGUAGUAACUGUUAGAAAAGAUAACAGUAGACCCGCCCGUAA